AUGGCCUCCUCUCACCCCGUCAUAACCUCCCACUUCAAGGCCGCAAACUCCGCCUCCUGGCUCUCCACCGCGUUCCUCCUCACGUCGACGGCCUUUCAGCCGCUACUAGGAAGAUUGUCCGAUGCCAUGGGCAGAAAACCUCUGUUUGUGAUGAGCUUGGCUAUCUUUGCUUUGGCGACGCUGUGGUGUGGUCUUGCGGGGAGUAUUGAGAGCUUUGUUGCGGCGAGGGCGGUUUGUGGGCUUGGUGCUGGAGGGGCGAUGACUUUGGGAAGCAUUUUGACGAGUGACUUGGUGCCGAUUGAACGUCGCGGCAACUAUCAGUCAUACGUCAACAUGUCAUUCGGCACCGGCGCCGCACUUGGAGCCGCCCUCGGCGGUGCCAUGGCCGAGGCACUUGGCUGGCGGUGGGAAUUCGGAGUCCAGAUCCCGCCGCUAUUGCUCUGCAUUGCCGUCGCCGCGGUGGUAAUUCCGGAUGAUAUUGGACUUAAGGGUCCGCGAAAGGGGUUUCGGGAAGCGUUGGGCGAGUUUGACUUUAAGGGGUCUGCUUUGCUGACUGUGUCGACGACGUCUGCGAUUCUGGGACUGAACUUUGGCGGCAACAUCUAUCCAUGGACUCAUCCCCUUGUCAUCGCCUCCCUCUCCAUCGCAGCCAUCUCCUUCCCAACUUUUCUCUGGAUCGAAUCCCGCGUCCACCUACCCAUCAUGCCUCUCCGUCUAAUCCGCCACUCUCCUCGCGCAAACCUCAUCUUCGCCAACUUCAUCGCCGCCUUCCUCUCCAACUGCAUCUUCUUCAACAUCCCCCUAUACUUCCAAGCCGUUCUCCUCUCCAGCGCCACCUCCUCCGGCCUACGCCUCGCCCUUCCCUCCAUCACGUCCUCCAUAAUCGGCGCCUCGACCGGCUUCGCCAUCACCUUGACCCGCCGCCUCAAAUGGCCCGUCGUGUCCGGCACGGUGUGGUAUCUCGCCGGAUGCAUCAUCCUCUGCUUUUUGCACCGCGGCAUGUCCACCGUCGUCUACCUCCUCAUUCUCAUCCCCCAGUCCAUCGGCCAAGGCUUUCAGUUUCCGGGCACAUUCAUGGCCAUCCUGGCGUCUUCUUCACAGUCGGAGCAGGCCGUCGUCACGAGCACGCUGAUCCUCUGGCGGAGUCUGGGCUUCGUCCUAGGAAUAGCCAUGAGCAGUCUUGUCGUACAAAACGCCUUGGUGUACUAUCUCAAUCUCUUCGUCCAGGGUCAAGACAAGGCCGAAAUAAUCGAGCUUGUCAGGGCGUCCGUCGAGGCUGUCGCCAAGCUAAAAGAGCCGUACAGGGAGCAGGUCGUGCAGAGCUACGAGGCGUCUCUGAGGCUGACGUUUAUCCUCUGCACCGUGGUCGCUGCAAUUUCGGUUCUCAUCGUCCUGCCUAUGAAGCUGCCGCGCUUAGCACCGGUAAAUCGCAAGUCAUGA